AUGUACACUGUCGGCACCAUCAACACCAUUGCACCAUAUGUGCAGAAGGCAUUUGGGGCGACUUAUGGCACAAGACCGCCGGCACAUCGGAUCCAAGAACAGAUGGCCGACCCAGGCUCCGAUGCCGCUGCCGUAGCGAAGACGUCGUUGUCUCUCGCCCGCAUUACCCAUCAUCCGGCUCCACUACUGUGUCCAAACAAUGAUAAUAAUCACAACACCAGCAGGAAAACCGCCUUCAUCGCGAACACUACUGCUGCAGCAGCAGCUGCCGACGGCACUGCCGAACAGGCCGUCAAGGAGGUGGGCUACUGUUCCGCUUAUCAGCAGCCACAGCAGCUGCAGCUGCUGCUGCCCGCCGGCUGCAUCCGGACGGCCGCGUGUAAAUGGCGCCGAGGAGACGGCGAGCGAGGAGGUUUCCAGGAUCAUCAGAACGACCUGCUGCUGCUGCUGGCAUCCGGCGCGCUGGUACUUGCCCAUUUCUUCACUCCCCGUCAGCAGCCGCCUGCGCCGCCGCCCCUGACGCUCCAUGCCGCAAGCACCGUGCCGUGUUCGCCCAGUCGUCCUCCCGUAGCCACGAUGACAACCACCACUACCACUGCUGUCGAUAUCUCUGCAGCCCCUUUUAUCGCUGCUGCCACCGCAGCUGCCACCGCGCCGGUUCAAUUCCUGCCGAGAACAGUCUUUUCUGAACAUCUUACGCCUCUGUCGUGUAGCUGUCCGGCUGCUGGCUCCCAUAGGGGAUCCCAUUCGAGGGGGCCUCAUCAGAUGCAGACCGCCUGGCCUCAGACGGCGAUGGGACCCGCCGUUGGGCUACGUGAUGGAUCACCUGCUAAUGAAGAUGGUGUUGCGGCGCCCUCCACCGCCACAUUGGUCGCCACCACUACUGCGGCCAUGGAAUGCGCAGCUGCCCUAAUGAAUUAUUGUCCGGCCCCAGAUAAGAGAAUCCGGUUAGGUACAGUGCCUCCGUCGUCGACCAGCUCCGUUCCCCCCUGUCGUCGCUUCUCACUGCUGGCCACUACUGCUAGCAGCAGCAGCAGCGGCGGUGAGGAUGAGCUAUCGCCGUUGUUACGCAUUCAUAAUCAGCAGUCGCACAAUGACGCCCGCAACGAGGUCGCCGUGCAGCAGACAGCCGUUCUGCCUUCACCAUCCCCGCAUGAGGGUAAUCGGGAUAAUUACGGACCUGCAAUGCACUUCAAUAACUUGGAUCAUAGUGUACGAUGCACCUGUCGUGCUGUGUACGACGGCGGGCUCAUGGCCAACCAUGCUUGCGACGUAGUAGAAGGGCCCAAGCAGCAGCAGCAGCAGCAGCAACAGCUGGGGGGACAGAAGCGGCGUCUCUUGGACUUCGUCUGGGCCCAUGACCGUUAUGUGACCUGGUCGCCGUCGCCGUACUUCCAGCCGUCAUACGACGACCUGCGGGAGGGCGCCACAGGGCCUCUUGUUUCAACCCCUCCAACCGCGACGUUGUCAUCAGCGCCGUCACUGCCCUCGCCACUCCCCCAGGACUACCACGGAUACAACAGGCCUUUGCUGAGCUCCGCGAUAAGGGAUCCCUCGGAGAGCCAUCCAUCCAGACGUCAGCCUGUUUCACAUGACGGCGGGCUCCUGGCCGAAGUGGGCGGCCAGCAGGGGGGCCAGCAGCAGCAGCAGGAGCAGCAGCAGCGAAUUUGUUCAAGGGUGGCGUCUGCGGAGGCCAAUAAUGGCAAUUUUGCUGAUGAGGACUGCGGCAAUUAUGACUGCGACAACUUCACUUCUGCACCUGCAGCUGGACUUACUGUGGUGGAGACGCCGGCGGCGGUCUCCGGUGCUGAAGAUGGUGAUGGUGGUGACCCACAGCGGAUGCCGCCAUCAUCGGUGCAGCAGAUAUCGACAGCGGCCCCCGAGGCCCUCGAGUGUGUGAUCAGGCUCCGUCGAUGGCCUCGCGCUGAUAUCUUGUCCCUGUCGUCGUUUCCGUCGUGGUCGUCAGCCCCUCCUUCGCGAUCUCCUUCGUUUUGCUCAUCAGACGGGGGAGGAGACGAGCAGCAUUGGGCCGUACUGCGCCAUCCCCUGCAGAGCUAA